AUGUUUUCACCAUGGUACGAACCUUUUGAUAAUGAUGAGGAGGAUUUUUUUUCAAAACCAAGAAAAUACACUAAUUCAUUGCCCCAUAGAAGAACUCAUCCAAAGUUUGGAUACCAAUUGAAGCGAGGCAAUGAAGAAGAGCAAGAGCUGUUAGAUGCUCAAGACAAAAGUUUAACUUCAAGACAUCAUCAUCUUCCCGAAUUUUGGAAUAGAAAAUUUCCAUAUGAAAUGUGGGACCAUCCAUAUAAAUUUUGGAGUAAUUGGGAUAGAUCAAAACCGGGACAAUAUUUUUUAGGAUUUGAUGAUAGUUUACAUAGUGUUGAGAAGAAUGAUAAAUACUUGGUCAAAUUUGAAGAAAAAGGUUUGGACGAAGAUAAUGUUAAAAUUGACUUUAAUGAAGAAAGAAAUGAAUUAUUAAUUAAUGUUAAUUUAGACGAAUCAACUGAUACUUCAUCAAGUUUUAAAAAUUAUCAAAGUACUAUAAAAUUUAAUAAACCUAUUAAUAUAAAUGAAAUUGAAGCUGAAGUUGAUGAAAAUGGGGUUGAAAUGAUUUUGCCUAAAACUCAUGCUGAUGAUGAAAAUUAUCAUCAUGUUGAAAUUAAAAGAAAAGCAGGCGAUGUUCAAAGUUUAUAA